AUGUCCGAGCGGAAACUCAAACAAACAGCGGGACCUAAAAUAAGCUUAAAUAUUUCUAAAGCGCCCCGCAUGGAGACUCGCAAAAGCGCCAAGGGUGGAACCAAUAUUAUUGAUGAUGAUAAGAAUGCAAACGUUGACAGUGGAGGUCACAAUAGCAAAUGCUUAUCGUGCCCAUACAGAUGCUACCUAGAGACUAACACGAUUGCUAAAUUUAAGCAGGGAAAACGGGAUAUCACUUCUGAAAACGAAUAUGAACAAGCCAGCCAAUCCAUAUGA